AUGCUGCAGGGCUGCUGGAACUGGUUCCGCAAGAACGUGCUGGGCCAGGACGACAGCAAGAUCCCGGAGAAUAGCCGCGUGAUCCACGUGACGUCGGAGCAGCAGUUCAAGGAGCUCAUUGGCAAGGGCAAGACGACCACGCGCUCCGUGGUGGUGGACUUCACUGCGACGUGGUGCGGCCCGUGCCGCUACAUCAGCCCCGUGUACCACGAGCUGAGCGCCAAGUACCCGUGCACGAUCUUCCUCAAGGUGGACGUGGACGAGCUCAAGUCGGUGUCGCGCGGCUGCGGCGUGACGGCCAUGCCGACGUUCCAGUUCUUCCGCAGCGGCGUCAAGUGCGAUGAGAUGCGCGGUGCAGACAAAAACGGCCUGGAGGCGCGGAUCCAGAAGCACUACGUGGAGACGGAGGAUAGCAACGCCUCUGGUGAAGGCCUUCGCCAGCGUAAGCCGCAGGUGACCACUGUGGACACGGAGGAGCAGUGGGAGAAGCUCAUCCAGCAGAACCAGGAGUCAAACACGGCGCUGGUGGUGGAUUUCUGGGCUACUUGGUGCAAGCCGUGCUUGGAGAUCGCUCCGUUCUUUGAGGAGCUGAGCGGCCGAUUCCCCGCUGCCGUGUUCGCGCGCGUGGAUGUCGACGAACUUGAAAACGUGAAGGAGGCCGAGGUGUCCUCGCUGCCCAAUUUCAAGGUGUUCAAGGGCGGCAAGGCCGUGGACGAGCUGGACGGGGCCAUCCGCGGCCCGCUGGAGGGCAUGGUGGCGCGGCACUACGGCUCGGCGGCGGCCGCGAGCUGCUGA